AAAGACCACAUCUUUGCCGUAGUAGACCACAAUACACAUAAUGCUAGCAUAUUUUCGAUGAUUUCAUAAUUUCGAUCGAGUUUAAAAAUUAAUUCCAAAACGACGACAUGAAUCAUUUUAAUGUUUUAAUGAUACACAUAAUCGAAUUGAGAAAAUCAAGUAUAUGUUAAACAAAAAUUGUUAUUUCGAUCUUCGUCCAAGUGUGACAAGUGUGAAUCGAUAAACCGAUGCGACAACGUAGUAGAUUCGGUUUUUGGUGAAAUAAUUUCGGUGUUGUCGUUCGGUCGCCAUAUUUUGUGAAAAUACAUGUUCAAUUCGUUCUGUCAAAAGACGAAAAAGGGUGAACAUUUACGAGAAAAAAACUCCCUGUCACUGUGUGCAUGUUCUGUCGCACUAGAACCUAAGUUUUACUUUUCAGAUUUGUGAAUUCGAAUUUUUUUCGGCCCUUUGGCGUUUCAAUUACCAAUUACGAUGGCAUGCACCGCAAGUAAAACUCCACUUCUGAGAGCAAUCGCUGCUCGUGGCUUUGCUGCUCAAGCCAGUCCAAAGGCUGCCAGCGGAAAAGUCAAUGAAUUACAAGUAACGACUCUUCCAAACCAAGUUGUUGUGGCAUCAAUCGACGGAAACUCACCACUAUCUCACAUUUCAAUUGCUUAUCGUGCUGGUUCCCGUAAUGAAUCGUAUGAAAAACAAGGUACAACACAUGUUCUUCGUGUCGGUGCUAGUUUGUCGAACGCGAAUAGCACAGGAUUCGGUGUUCGAGUCAAUGUAAAAGCAACCGGUGGUGAUCUUAGUGUUUCGUCGGAUCGUGAAUCGGUUGCCUACAAUGUCGAAUUGAAACGUGAUGAAUUGGCCACUGGAUUGAAAUACUUGCAAGAUGUUGCCACACAACAAUCGUUUCGACCAUGGGAAAUUCGUGAUGUUACCUACCGUUUGAAGGAUGAUUUGGCCCGUGUACCAGCUGUUGCCCGUGCCAUCGAUUUAUUGCAUCAGGCUGCAUUCUAUCGUGGUCUUGGCAAUUCGGUAUUCUGUGCCAAACGCAAUGUUGGCAACAUUUCACCAGAAGAUCUGCAAAGUUUUGUUGCAAACAACUUCACAGCCGAUCGUGCUGCCAUCGUCGGUGUUGGUAUUGAUCACGAUUUGCUCGUUGGCUAUGCCAAAUCAUUGCAAUUGGAAGGAAAAUCAUCACCAAACACACCAUCCAAAUACAAUGCAAGCCAAUUAAGAGUCGACAAAUCCGGUGAAUUGGCCACUGUUGCUGUUGCCACACAAGGUGCAUCACUGGCUAACCAAAAGGAAGCCCUCGCUUUUGCCAUUCUUCGUAAUGUUGCCGGCAGUGGACCAGUCGUUCCAUUCGGUUCACCAUCCGCUGCUUUGGAAAAGGUUGUCGAUGCUGCACUCCAAAACCCAUACGAAUUCAACGCAUUCAAUGCAUCCUAUUCAGACAACGGUUUGUUCGGAUUCAUUUUGCAAGCCAAUGCCCGUGAAGUUGGCAAAGCCAUCGAUGCCGCUGUAAAAGCCCUUAAAUCUGGCUCAGUAUCACAAGGUGAUGUUGACCGUGCCAAGGCACAAUUGAAAGUAAACAUUUUGGAAGAAUUGCAAUCAUCUAGCGGCCGCUUCAGCGAUCUUGUUGCACAAGCUCUUCGCGGCGAAAUUUCCGGCAAAUCCGAACUCAUUGCUGCCAUUGAUGCUAUUUCAGUUGCUGACGUUAAUGCUGCGGCGAAGAAAGUUGCAUCAGGAAAAUGGUCAAUUGGCGCUGUAGGUAAUCUAGCAAAUGUUCCACAUGUAAACGAUUUAAAUUAAAUACAAAACAAAAAACUAAUUUAAAGGCAAUUAUAAAACGAACAUUCUUCGAUCAUUGUCAUCUAACCAAAAUGAAAGAAAAAAAAAAACAAAUAAAAGUUAUUAUUUAAAAUUGUGAAAAUGAAUUGUAUCUGUAAUUUCAAACCGAAAACAAAUAGAUGAAAAUGAUGUGGGAAAUUUUGUUUUGAAAAUAAAACGAAAACCUGAAAACUUAA